AUGGCAACCUGGUGGCCAGACGCAGGACGCGAGGCCCCGGCGGUGCGAGCUGGAGGGCGCGGCCGUGGUCGGGACUCGGGACUCCAGGGCCACGGGGGCAGCUGGCGCCUCCGAGGCCCAGGGCUCAGGCACCUCCAGCCGCCGUCCCCAGCAACAAGGUUCACGAGGAGGAAGAAGACAUCACUCUGGUUUGUCGGGUCUCUGCUGGCGGUGUCUGUGGUCAUCCUGACUGUUGGCCUGGCCGCCACCACCCGGACGGAGAACGUGACAGUGGGCGGCUACUACCCAGGCAUCAUUCUGGGCUUCGGAUCCUUCCUGGGAAUUAUCGGCAUCCACCUGGUGGAGAAUAGAAGGCAAAUGCUGGUGGCGGCCAUCGUGUUCAUCAGCUUUGGCGUGGUGGCGGCGUUCUGCUGUGCCAUCGUGGACGGUGUGUUUGCGGCACGGCACAUUGAGCUGCGGCCCCUUACCGCAGGAAGGUGCCAGUUUUACUCCAGUGGGGUUGGAUACGUGUAUGACGUCUACCAGACAGAGGUCACCUGCCACUCCUGGAACAGCAGGUGCCAGCUGAAGGUGAGAAGCAACACCUGCUACUGCUGUGAUCUGUACACCUGUGAGAGCGCGGAGCCCUCGCCCACCUACUACGAGUUUGUUGGUGUGCGCAGCUGCCAGGAUGUGGUCCACCUCUACCGGCUGCUCUGGGCCUCCGCGGCACUGAACGUGCUGGGGCUGCUUCUGGGCAUCGUCACGGCCGCCAUCCUGGGGGCCUUCAAGGACGUGGUGCCCCUGUCCCGGCUGGCCCUCGGCCCGUCCGCCCCACCGCAGAUCCUGUACAGCCCCGCACAGCAGGUCCUGGCCUACGCGGGAUUCUGCCGGCCGCCUGCCACCGUCCCGACCUGCUCUUCCUACCCUCUGCCCCUGCAGCCCUGUGGCAGCUUCCUGUGUGAGGAUGCGCCGCCGCCCGCCCCGCCGGCCUCCAGCUCCGGGCCUCCGCCUCGCUACGCACCGGCCUCUUUCCUCCCAGGAGAGAAACCGCCCCCCUACGCACCCUGACACAGAGGCGUAGGUUGGAAAAUAUCCCUUUAGUAUUGUUUUUUUUUUAAAGGUAGCCUGUAGCAGUCCUUCGUCUGUGGCCAACCUCCUGGAGAAUCCAGGAGAACAUUCUGGAAAUCUGCACCCUCCUUCCCUCUUCUAUGGCGGGGAGAGGCUGGGGCGGGCAGGAAACAGGCCCUGCCGGCAACUGGGGGGGGGCACCAGGGCUCACGCCUGUCCCGGCACCUGCGCCGACGCCACGUGGGGCUGCAGCUCCCACCAGGAGCCCUCGUUUGUGAGCCGUUGCUGUUCUGUGUCUUGUCCCUGCUGACGAGGAGGGUCCCGUCCCCUGCCCAGCGUCAGCCCCACCCAAGCGCUAUGUUUGUGAGGGGGAGGCCCGGUGUGUCCCUGCGUGAGGCUUAUCUGCUAAGGCCGUGUGCUAUGCUCACACACGUGUGCGUCCCUGUCCCCACAGAGAGCCAGGGUCCCUGCCAGCCCCUCAGUGCUGCGCCCCGACAUUUGCUGGGACGCAAAGACGCUCUCUCUCUGGUGCCUGGCGCUGUCUCAGGCCCGUGGCGGCGGGAGUCUGUGUGCCAUGGCCUCCCCAGCCGUGGGCACGUCACGUCUGCCCUUUGGGGACUUCCUGCCUGUGCUGCCUCCUGGGUGGGGCGUCCCAGCUGAGCUCCCCACGUCUGGGGACCCCCUCAAAUGCCAGCACAGUGUUUGACCUCUGCCCUGGGUGGGACGGUGGGAGGUGGUCCCAGGCCUCCUGGGCCGAGCCAGGCUGCUGUCUCCCUGUUCUGCCACACAGACCCUGUGGCGUGGGCAGACACCCAGGAGCCACUAGACCCUGCACAGAGUGACAGGCUGUGUCCCCACGAAGGCGGGAGGUCAGGGCGGGCCGCCCCCAAGCUGCCACUUUGGUAAAUUGAUUAUUUUGAAUUGAAGUUGCUUGAAAGACAGCGAACGCAGGGAGAGGCGCUCUCUGAACUCCCGAAAGAACUCGGGGGUGACCGGCCGGGAGUGUGGGCUCUCCCCAGACAGGCUCCUGGAGGCCCCGCCUGCGUGUCCAGGGCCCCCUCCUUUCUGACAGCUGCUCCCUGUCCCUGUGUUCCCCCACGGAGAUGCAUGUGGGCUCCCAGACCCACUCCCUGCGGUGCCCACUCUUCCGUGUGACGCUCUCGCGUGUGGAAUAAACAUGUGCACUGUGUCUCCCGUC